UCAAAAUGACUUUCACCAAAGCUCUUGUCCCGCUUGCGCUCUUCCUUGCCAAGGCGCAAGCUGAUGCAUUCUCGUCAUGCUCGAAGGACUUGCCGCUUUCUUGCCACAACACCACUGCCGUUGAGAACACCUGCUGCUUUGUCCCCGCUGGCCAACUCCUCCAAACUCAAUUCUGGGACUCUAGCCCUGUUGCAGGACCCUCAGAUUCAUGGACCAUUCACGGUCUGUGGCCUGACUACUGUGACGGCACAUACCCUCAGUUCUGCGACAAGAGCCGCGAGUACACAGACAUCAAGUCCAUCGUGUCCAAGUUCCUCGGCAACUCGACACUCUCGUACAUGGACAAGUACUGGGUUAGCCAGGACGGCAACGAUGAGUCCCUGUGGGAGCACGAGUUCAACAAGCACGGCACUUGCAUCAGCACCCUUGAGCCCAGCUGUUACAGCAACUACCAGACCGGCGAGGAAGCAGCCGAUUACGUCAAGAAGACCAUUUCGCUUUUCAAGACUCUGCCUACGUACAAGUGGCUUGCUGAGGCGGGCAUUGAACCAUCCACCGACAAGACGUUCACCGCAAGCGAGAUCGAGGAUGCACUUGCGUCGCAGCACGGCGCGCGUGUUACCAUCGGGUGCCAGGGUAGCACUCUCAGCGAGGUUUGGUACCAUUUCAACGUGCAGGGCUCGAUCCAGGAGGGUCAGUUUGUGGCUACCGAGCCUGAUGGUAGCAAGAGUUCUUGCCCAAGCAGUGGCAUCAAGUAUGCACCAAAGAACUAAGCGAUCAAUGUGUAAUGUUGAGAUAUCUAGUCCAAGUAUAUAUACAAGAGUGUGGCUCCAAUUACAUAAAUACACUCAUCUAUCGCUAUGUGAACGUUCACUCAUCCUAUCUAAACGUCGCCUCGUAAUAAUUCCGUAUCUUCUUACAUUCCUCCAUUAAUCCAUGGUCGCAAUUCGCCUUCAUAGCCUCUUCCCAAAUGACUUUUUCUAGAUCAUAUCCUGCUACGUCAGAGACCUUGCCGACGUCGUCUCCCCAUAAUCGUGUUAUGCGCCCAUCGGGAUGUUCAGGCGCCAAGUCCUCCAAUAUUUGUAUCGGAUGCGUCAUAUCGAACUUGACUCUGUUAAGAUGAGCAAACAUGGUACUCGUGACUUUGAUCUCUUCCUCCUGUAAUCUUUGCCUUCGUUUCCUCAUGGAAGCGGUUGUCAUAUUUUUCGUCCGUUCUUGUUGAAGGUUCCAGUCGUACUGGGGAUCUGCCUGCCAGAUUCCACUGCCCCAGUUGAUCUUUUCAGAUGUCACCAGCUCAGGCGACUGUUUCACUUGCCAGAAAGGAUUGCCCAGAACAUAGGCACUCUGCAUGAAUGUCUCCUUGUCGCCCGACCCCCAAGCGCCCUGUGAGUGAAGCUGGUAAUAAAAUGUCGGGCCGUAAAAAUUGUAGUAAGCGGCCAGCAAGAGACUAUCGGCGUGCCUUGCUUUGUUAUAAAGCAUGAUUCCUGACUCGGAGCUUCGGGACUCGAUCGUCACGUUUGGCAUUUUAACCCCAGCGAUCUUGUAGAAUAGGGGAGAUAUGGUGGGCAACCAAAAGUCUGGCCAUGUCACCAGUCCAGUGCCCUUGUACGGUUCCACGUCGAAGAGGUGAUCGGGGUUUCUGAGAGGAAAGGCAUCGGCAUCAAGAAAAAGAAUGUCUUGGAAGCUAGAGAAGAGGAUGGAUAAGACUUUGUACUGGUAAGAUUGGAUCCUCGGUUUGCGAAUUGUUGUCGUGCUUGACAGGCGCAGGAAAUCAUCCAUGUUGAGGCAUUGUACUUGCAAGUCUGUUAAUGUAUCAUUGCAAGCCUGCAACUCUUGUUCUGUUGCCGAGUCAAGAAAAAGCUGCACGGGUAGAGUUGAUCCGACAUGCCGUAGCAUGAGCACAGCGGUGGCUGCUACCCCGAACGCGGAACCUUUGGAGGU